GUAAGCACCAGGAAUGCAGUUCCUCUGAAAAUAACAGUAACCCAGAGUUAUGAAGCGUUUAUGGCAGAUACAGUGGAUAUAAAGUAUGCCUUGUUUGAGAACUCAGUUAUUUCAACUCUGAAUGGACUACUGAACCUGACAGUGGUAGACAGAGUCCAGUUGUCAACAAUAUCGGCUUUUUCCACUGGAACAAAAUUACAUGUGACAGUCUUCCUGAAAACUUCAUCUGACCCAGAUUUUGUGACCCUGAUUGCCAGCAGGGUCAAUGAGAGAAUCGACACUGUAGGGUGCAUAACUCUUGGUGGUAGCUGUGUACCUUUGUUAAGGAAUACAGACAUCUUUGAUGGAACACAAGAUGUUCCAGUAGUGUGCAAGACUUGCACCGAAAAUGCAACCUGUAUAAUGGAGUCUUCAGGCUGGUGGAAUUGUCUGAUGAGAAGUACGACUGUAAUUCCCUCUACAACAACUGUCCUUCUGACGACCAAAACAUCAACAGUUGCUGUUGUUUCAAGCACACUGACAGCAAUCACAGAGGACAAGCAGAUCCUUGUGGGGGUGGGGGUAGCAGUCCCCCUGGGGGCCCUUUUCCUUGCCCUCAUUAUUGUUCUUGGUGUUCUUCUUUGCAGGAAGUGGCAUCACUGGAAAGUACAAAGGGAAAGAAUUCAGAACUAUGCCAUUAGCCCACAGUUUAGGAAUCCUUCAAACAGAGAUAGGAUGGCCUUUCAACAACCUAUAGGACCCAUUAGACAACCCAAUUCACAGAUAAGACCUACCCUACGUAAUGGUAUACCACCCAGCUACCCACGCUUAUAUCCUGUUCUGGACCAUCUACAAGACGAUCGGAGGUCUGGACGCACAUCAAGAAAUAAGGAUAAUUUUUCAUUACAACGUCCUUUAGUAGAUGAGAGACCUAGUCAUCUAUACUCUUAGGACUUAGAGUAAGAGAAAUGGUGAAAAGUGUUUUAUAAUUUUGCUGCAGUUAGUAGACAUUUCCAAAUCUGCUCUCUCAAGGUGUAAGCACAUAUCUCAUCGGUGUCCGUGCAAGCAUUGAUUAAUCAUGAAUUAUCAUCUAUCAUGAUAUACUAUUUAUUAUAUAAUUAUCAAAAUUUAACUAAUGAAGAGUUUUGUAAUAUAAUGUACAUAUUGUUAACAUUUUUAUGUUGUUAUUUGAAUGUCUCAGAUUGCU